AUGGGUUUUCGCUUGCCUGGAAUCAGAAGGUCAGCUUCAUUUGCUGCAAAAUCGACAGCUUCGAAAUCCGGUCAGGUGCCAAAGGGAUAUCUAGCAGUUUAUGUUGGAGAGGACUUGAAGAGGUUUGUGAUUCCAAUAUCAUACCUGAACCAACCUUCGUUUCAAGAGCUGUUAGGUGAAGCUGAAGAAGAAUUUAGAUUUGAUCAUCCAAGGGGUGCUCUCACCAUUCCUUGUGCAGAAGAUGUCUUCGUGCAUGUCACUUCUUCCUUCAAUGGCUGCUAGCUUAUGAAGACAAGACUAACUUAGAUUAGUUAAUUA